CCUGACCUGUUGGCCUGUGGGGACCUGGAAGUAUUGCUGACUCAGAACCAUGGCAGCCCAGGGCUAGCAGGUGGGGCACUGGAUGCAGGCCAGGCUGCCUGGAGUGUCCCAGCAGGUACUGGAAAUGAGACGGGGUUAUCCAUAACUUCUGAGGGCGUGGCACGUGAGAUGUUGCUGUGGUCUGGGUGGAUGGGUGGCUUGGGUGCCUGUGAGGUCUGGGUAGUCACAAGACCAUCCUGAGAGGCUUGUCACCUUGAAGUAGCACUGGGGAGAGGAGGAAAGCUCAGCUGUUUAGGGCACAUGAUUUCAGACCCCUAGCUUCACCCCCAUCUUGGAGUGUGGGGUGGUUUCACACUGGCUAGGUUGUGCUCCUGGUUACCUCCCCGGCUACACUGGUUGUGGCUGCACCCUGGGCCUGCACACCCAGUUUCUGUGGGCUGUACGGGUUCCCUUCUGCCAGUGUCCAUGCAGUGUCAUCAGGCUGCUGGGGACAGGUUGGGACCCACCCAGGGCCACAGGCUGGUGACUCUGGUAGAAGACUCAUAAGGUUCUGAAGGGUGGGUGGGCCCAAGCCCACCCACCGUGUGCCAUCACCCUUCCACCACCCCAAACAUCUGGCCAAGACAGGCUUGGUGUUCAUCCUGGUGGGGCUGGCCCAGGGGGCGGGGCAGGCAGUCAAACGGGUCCAGCGGGUACCUGGGACCUGGAGGGGUGGCCCCGGUUGAGCACCCUCCCCCUGGGAGGGUACUUUCGAGCCCAGCUGCAGGCAGGCCAGAAACGGUCAGAACAGACAGGGACACGCCACUGGCCAGAGGGAGGAGGCUUCCACAGGUCCAUCCGGAUGCCCUGCCCUCGGCCGUUCUGGCUCCGCCAUUCCCGGGCCCCCCAGGGCUCGGGUCCCAGCUCCCCAGGCUCGCUCUCUGCGCCCCGCUCCCCAAGCAGAGGGGAAGACCAGGAGGAGGAGGAGGAGGAGGAAGGGGACGGCAGCCCAGGCUCCGGCCCUAUCCUGCCCCCCGCCUCCCCGGUGGAGUGCCUCAUCUGCGUGUCGUCCUUCGACGGCGUGUUCAAGCUGCCCAAGCGCCUGGACUGCGGCCACGUCUUCUGUCUCGAGUGCCUGGCGCGCCUAUCAUUGGCCACGGCGGGCGGCGGCAACGCGGUGGCCUGUCCGGUGUGCCGCGCGCCCACGCGCCUGGCCCCCCGCCGCGGACUCCCCGCGUUGCCCACGCAGUCCGGUCUCCUGCCCCGCGACGCGCGCGCACCGCCCUCUCGCCAGGGCUCCGUGCGCUUCGACCGGCGCCGCGGCCUUCUCUACUUGCGGCCGCCGCCGCCCCCGCCCGGGCCGCGCAAGGCCCGCGCCCCGCCGCCCCCGCCGCCUCUGCGCCUGGGCCGCCCGCUGUCGCGCCGCUUGUCGCUUGCCAGCCCGGCCUGGGUCUUCAACGCUGCCGUGGCGCUGGCAGUGCUGGUGGCCGCGGGCCUCGUGGUCUCGGGCGUCUACAUCUUCUUCCUCAUCCCGCACGCCACCUCCUCCGGCCCCGCGCGGCCCCAGCUCGUGGCGCUCGCUCCAGCGCCCGGCUUCUCUUGGUUUCCGCCGAGGCCCCCGCCGGGGUCGCCCUGGACCCCCGCCUGGACGCCGCGCGCCACGGGCCCUGACCUGGAUACGGCCCUGCCAGGAACUGCAGAAGAUGCGCUGGAGCCCGAGACGGGCCCCGAGGACCCGGCGGAGGCCGAGGGGACGCUGGACAGGCAAUCGGAUGGCACGUGGGGCACAGAGGCUGGCCCCGGCUGGGCCCCGUGGCCACGGGGCGCGAGGAGGCUGUGGGGCUCACAAUAAGUGCACCAGUACUGCAGUCCUGCCUCCAGGCCUGGCACCUCCGUGUUAUCUGGGGCCCUUAGUAGGGCGCACAGCACUUACCUGUUUCUCCAGAUUGGGGCCUAGGGCAAGCAUCCUUGGCAUUGUCACCAUGGGGCUGGACCCUCUCAAGGAGCAGGCACCGCAGUCGUCCCACAAGCAUCCUCUGGGAACACCCCUGACCCCCAUUCUUAUGGCUGUCCAGCGGAGGGUGCCCUGACCGUGACCUCUAUAAGGGUCCUGCUGGGGCUUGCUCCUGCUCCGCAACCCCUACUCCGUGGGGGUGCAGUUGGAAGCAUCCCUGAUCCUCAUCCCUUGUAGGAGUCCAGCUGUGGAUGCCCCCGACUGACAUCCAUGCAGGUGCCCAGCCAAGGGCAGCCCCACACGGAUCCUUGAACGGGUCCUGCUGGGAGUGCCCCCAGUCAUCCUCACCACAGAUUCCUGGGGGAGCGUCCUUGCCAGCACUGGAGGCCAAAGCACUCAUCCUUCGGACUGGCCAUAGGUGGCAGGGGCCCGCCUAUCUUUGGAAGGCAGAGCUGCUGCUGCUAUUCUUCCUUGGUCACCUCCUCCCCAACUGGCUCAUUGCAGGGGACGUCCCACCACUCCACCCAUCUGUGGAGUUUGUUUUCUACUGCCUGCAGGCUGGGCCUGGGUGGGCUCCAGCUGUCUACAUGCUGGUCCUGGGUGUAGAGUUGCCAUCCUGUACACCUGGUUGGGGCUGGGGCUCAGGCUUGAAGUAACAGGGUGUCCUGGCCAGGGCUGGGGAGGAACUUGAGCCUUAAAGACUGGCUCCCGCCCCAAUCCUAAGUCCCAAACUGCUCGGGGAGCCUCCACUUCCCCCUGGGUCGUGGCUUCUAGGAUCCUCCCAAUAUGCUGUGGUGCAGCUGUGCUCAUCAUGGCUCAGAGAGGCCAAUAUCACCCCAGGGGUCAGACAGAGGCAGACAAUGGUGGAGGUGGGAGUCCUGGACCUCCUUGGUUAGCCAGAGGGAUCCUAGUCCCUUUCCCUGGCCACCAGAGUCCCCAUCACCCCCGAUUAAUAUCUUGGUGCCAGUUACUGCACUUCUUCCUCCAGGGCUCCAUCUGUCCCACCCAGCCUCCUUUCUUGUGCCUCGAGGUAAACCCUGAGCCUUCCCAAUAGACAGCAGCCUCCAGGGAAGGUGGCAUAUGGGCUCCUGUCCUCUUCCUCCCAGAAGUCUUCCUGGGUUAGUUAUGGGGGUAGAUGGCAGCUAUUCUCUGUGCAGACUGAACCUGGGGCUUCUGUUUCCUCCCAGGCCCUGCACACCCCCCACAAUCCUGCCUCACCUCACUCUGGGAUGGAGUGCUGUGUUUUGGGAAUGGGCACCCAGCAUGUUCCAAAGAGAAACGUGACUUCUAUGUGGCUGGAGGCUCCUGUUUGAUUUGUUUACGUGUGUCCUCAGUACCAGCAUACAGUAGGUGCCAAACAAGGGAGUGACAGAAUUGCAGGUGACCCAGGCAGCCUGGGAAUGCACCCUGGGCCCAGGACUGUCUAGAGCUAGCUCUGGUGUGAGCUGCUGCUUCCAGGUGGGAGCCAGAGGAGGAACACUAGGGAGUCCACAGUGUGUCUUCCCAGACCAGUUCUUGCCCACACCCACAUGCCGAUGUCACCCACAGGGGCUGGGACCAGUGUACUGGGUCACUGGGCAGCCACAGCCCAGCCUCAUAGGGAAGAAACCUGGUCAGACAGCCGCAGAGUUGGUGGUCUAUUCAUUUUCUGUGGCUGCUGUGACAAAAUACCCCCAACUUAAUUAUUUAGAACACGCGUUUAUUUUUAUUUAUUUAUUUUUGAAACAGAGU